AUACAUACAUUGAGACAUACACAACAAACAGUACUGUACAGUAUUCCAAGGCGACGAAGAAGACGAAGCUGUAUAACUUAGACUUGUUAUACACUUGAAAAAACACAUCGACCAAUCUUACCAUUUCUUUUAUUAUCACUCCGUAGACUUCAAGUCCAAUUCACCUCUCUCUCUCUCUCUCCCCCCCCCUCUCUCUAUCUCUCUCCCUUCAAUUUCUGAGGGUAUUCUUCUUGGUGCAGUUUGUUAUACUUAUAUAACGCUUGGAGAGACAGAUCAGAUCCCCUUUACAUCUUAUGGUCAAAGUGUGUGUACAACUCUUGAUCUUAAUUGGGAUAAAUGUACUUGUGAUCCAGAGCUAAUCUCUGUGCAAAGCAACAUAGUGUCUCAAGUUAUCUUAUCGAUUUUGCUAGAAGAAGUCUAACCCGUCAAGUUGCUUUCGGAGACAGUUAUUAAGAAACAUGUACCCAGUUAAAAAUUGAUUUACAAUACAUUGGUUUUGCACAGCAAUGAAGAAAUGGUAUGUUGGUAUUCUAUUUGCAUCCAGUCUAAUGUUACUGGUGCUGGGGUACUGUGUCAUGAAAAAUCCUGUGGCGGAAAUUUAUCAUGCAAGUCCGGUAUUUUUCAAUACAACAAAUCCUCUUGAAUGGAUCAGUUCUACAGGUCCUCCAGCUGUUCAGCAUCCAGAUAAUGGUAGCCAAGUUGUAUCAGCACAGACCAUCGUCUUCGAUCUCUUUGCUAAAAGGAACAUUUCCAAGGAAGAGAUACAAUCUCUGAAUACAUGGAACCUAAUGAAGCACUUGAUCAGUCAUGAGCAAGCUCUACCUAAUGCAGUAGAGGCUAUCAAGGAAGCUGGCAUUGCUUGGAAUAGUCUUAUGAUUUCUGUCGAAGAGGAAAGACGUAACAGAAAUGAAAAUUCGAGUAGGAGGGGAAAUGAGAAACAAUGUCCCCAUUUUCUCAAGAAAAUGAAUGAUACGGAACUUAAUGAUACAGGUUUUAGAUUAAGGGCUCCUUGUGGCUUAACACAAGGUUCUUCAAUUACUAUAAUUGGCAUUCCAGAUGGACUUCUGGGUAAUUUUCGAAUUGACUUAACUGGUGAACCACUUCCAGGGGAACCAGAUCCACCUGUAAUUUUGCACUACAAUGUUAGGCUACACGGUGAUAAAAUUACUGAGGAUCCUGUAAUUGUUCAGAACACUUGGACUGUUGCCCAUGAUUGGGGUGAUGAGGAGCGUUGCCCAUCUCCCGAUCCUGAUCAGAAUAAGAAAGCAGUUGAUGGACUGGAUCAGUGCAACAAUAUGGUGGGUAAAGCUGAUACCCGAGUUCUUAGGAGCCACAGAAAUGAAACAAAGAAGGUUGCCAUGAUUCAAGACGGAUCUAUUGCAACAAAAUAUUUUCCUUUUAAACAAGGUUAUCUAUCAGUUGCUACUCUUAGGGUGGGCUUGGAAGGAAUCCAAAUGACAGUAGAUGGAAAGCAUGUUACAUCAUUUGCUUUACGCGAGACUUUGGAGCCAUGGCUUGUUAGUGAAGUACGGAUAUCAGGAGACUUGAGAUUAGCUUCUGUGGUGGCCAGUGGAUUACCCACUUCUGAAGAUCUAGACCACAUAGUUGACUUGGAAGCACUAAAAUCAGCUCCACUCAGUCCUCAUAAAGAAUUAAAUCUCUUCAUUGGUGUAUUUUCUACGGCGAACAACUUUAAGCGGAGGAUGGCAGUUCGGCGAACAUGGAUGCAGUAUGCUGCUGUAAGGUCCGGCGAAGUUGCAGUGCGCUUUUUUGUUGGUUUGCAUAAAAAUCAAAGGGUGAAUGAGGAGCUCUGGAAUGAGGCACGGACAUAUGGAGAUAUACAGCUCAUGCCUUUUGUUGACUACUACAGCCUUAUCUCGUGGAAGACAAUAGCCAUCUGCAUCUAUGGGACACAGGUGGUUUCAGCAAAAUAUAUCAUGAAGACAGAUGACGAUGCAUUUGUCCGUGUUGAUGAAAUAAUUACUUCCCUGGAUGGACUGCAUGUGAGUCACGGGUUGCUUUAUGGUCUCAUCAAUUCAGAUUCUCGACCUCAUAGGGAUCCUGAUAGCAAAUGGCAUAUUACCCCCGAGGAAUGGUCUGAAGACACUUACCCACCCUGGGCACAUGGUCCCGGUUAUGUUGUAACAAAUGAUAUAGCAACAACAAUCUACAGGAGACACAAAAAGGGCCGUCUUAAGAUGUUCAAGCUCGAAGAUGUUGCCAUGGGAAUCUGGAUUGCGGAUAUGAAGAAGAAAGGAUUAGAAGUUACAUAUGCAAAGGAAGAAAGGAUCUUCAACGAAGGGUGCAAUGAUGGUUACGUGAUCGCCCACUACCAAGCUCCCAGAGAGCUUCUUUGCCUGUGGCAGAAGCUUCAAGAAGGAAAUCGUGCUUUAUGCUGCAGUGAUUAACAUAUGGUUUCUGGAAAUUUGUUUCCUGUGGAAUAUACUUUUAACCAACACCGGAUCUAACUCAGCAGACAGAGUUGCAAUUGAAAAACGCUUUCAGUAAAGAGGGUGCGCUGGGAAAAGAUUUAAUAGAGCUAGUUAAUGAAUGGUUGGAUAGAAAUACUUACUGUUAUGAUUAGGAGAAUAGUAGUAAAUAUGUAUGAUGCGCGGCAUAGUCGGUAGAAAUACAUAACAGAUGAGUUUGCACUAUUUGCAAUGGAGAUAUGUAUAGAAAACAAUGUUUUAUCAAACACGGUGCUAACCAUUUUUUUUUCUUUAUA